GGGCGGGGCUACACCCGGAAGAGGCCGAUUUUGGAGAGGCAGAAGAGGAGGAGGAAGAAGAAGACGACGAAGAGGAGGAGUUGGUGGCGGCCGGGCCGGCGCUGGAAAGAACCCAGCAGCUGUGCCAGGAACCCAGGCGUCCGGCGUCCUCAUUCUACACCCCCACCAUCUCGUGGGGGGGCGGCAGGGACCCUCCGGCCUGCAGUGGCGCUGAGACUGUGGAGUGCCUGGUCCCCAGGAGGACGAAGGGGCGCCAGGCAGAGCAGCUCCUUCCUCCGCCAUGCUCCGGGGUCGUUGACUCGCAGGCCAGCCGCCUUUCCCAUGGACGUGAGCGGCCUUCCCAGCACGAAGAGGCGCCGGCGGGGUGGCGGGCGGACCAGAAGCCAGAGCCUCUUCCCCGAGUAGGAGGCCUGGGUGUUGUCCAGCCCGGCUCGAGGGCCCUGCGCCCCUCCCUUGCGUAAGGAGCUGCCGUCACUCUCCCUCCCGCUCUCUCCUAGUGCCACUGUAAGGCCUCUGCUGCCCAGCACGCUGCUCCCACGGUUGCUGCUCCCACGGACUGCUGGCUGCUGCUCGGGAUCCCGGCCUGAUGCCUCCUCCUCCUCCUCCCGGGGCCAUGGCAGGCAACACCAGCCCCUUCCUGCUCUGGGCGCAGGAGGUGGCCUCACUGCUGAUGCUGAGGGUACGCCGCACUGUCCUGCAGACGGCUAUCUUGCUGUGCGUCCUCCUGCUCCUCCUCUGGAUCUCCGUCUUCCUCUAUGGCAGCUUCUACUACUCCUACAUGCCCACCGUGAGCUACAUCAGCCCCGUGCACUACCAGUUCAGGACCGACUGUGCCUCGGCCGGACCAGAGCUCUGCUCCUUUCCCGUUGCCAACGUUUCUUUCAUCAAGGACAACCGUGACAAGGUCCUGAUGUACGGACAACCUUAUCGCAUCUCCUUGGAGCUGGAGCUGCCAGAGUCGCCAGUCAACCAGAACCUGGGGAUGUUCAUGGUGGUCAUAUCCUGCUACACCAAAGGCGGCCGCGUCAUCUCCACUGCAGCCAAAUCCAGUUCUGGAGAAACUGGCAUGAUUUCAGGCAAGCAUGCCAUGCUGCAUUACCGCUCAAGCCUGCUGCAGUCCCUCGAUACCCUGGCCUUCGCCAGCCUCUUCUUGUCCGGAUUUGCAGAGCAGAAGCAGACCGUGGAGAUCGAGCUCUUUUCGGACUACAGGGAAGACUCGUACACCCCAACCACUGGGGUUGUGAUUGAAAUUCAGACCACGAAGAUACAGAUCUAUGGGGCUCAGCUGCGAAUUCAUGCUCACUUCACUGGUCUGCGGUACCUCCUCUACAACUUCCCGGUGACGUCGGCCAUCUUGGGCGUGGCCAGCAACUUUGCGUUCCUCAGCGUCAUCGUCCUCUUCAGCUACCUGCAGUGGAUCUGGGGCAGCGUGUGGCCCCAGGAGCCCUCCUCGGUGUCCGGCCGGGAGGGCCCCGGAGCGCAGCAGCUGAAGGGAGAACUACGCCGGAGGGUGCUGAACGUCAAAGAAGGCACCAGGGAGGAGGGAGACGACCUGCUGCCGCCGCCGCCGCCGCCAGAGGAUGUGGGGACGGUGGAAGGCGAGGACUUGCUGUCUGCAGCAGCUGCUGCUGCCGUGCCGGUCAAGAAGAGCGAGCUGGGAAGGCCCAGCGACUCCAGCCCCGAAGCCAGCCCAGCGGAAGGACUCAGCGGAGAGGCAGAGUUUGAGUCGGUGGACGCCCCCUCGCUGCUCACCGAAGCCAACUUCCCAGCCCUGUCGCCAGAGGGAGAUCCUUCAGGCUUGCUGCCAUCGGGCAUCGGGGCCCCCACGCCAGGGUCAGAGCUCCGGCAGCGGGCGAUCUGCUCGAGCUCCUGAGGGGGGGUCUCGUGUGCCCCCCUCCCUUCCUCCUCGGCACCCGCACGCCUCUCCGCCCACGGCAGGCCUUGCUCCCCGUGGCGAAGCAGCCAGGCCCCCCAGCUUCUGUUUACAGUCCAGCUCCUUUUAUCCCCCCCCCACUCCUCACCUGGAGACACUAACUUAAUAAAACUUUACCUGCCAACCA